AUGAUUGAUGUUUGCCCACUGCCGCAUCGCGACGGUCGGUUGAAGCCACGGCAUGUCCAGGCGUUAUUGUACUCCAACGUCGCCAGACAAAUCACGGCAUUUCAGCCUGGGCUGCACUACGACAUGCGAGUAUUGAAGGGCCUUCAAGUGCCCCGAUUCGACUCGCACGACUUGCUCGCGGCGUGGAUGCACGUCGACGCUGUCCUCGCUCCGUGGCUAGCCUUGCACAAGAUGUCGCGGCUCAAGCUUCUCUUUUCCUGCCUCCCACACUUAAAACACGUGGUUGCCAUUCACGCAGCUAUCACGGGCAACGUCCCGUUGCUGAAACAUUUGCAUUCGCAGUUGAAUGUCCUCAUGGUCACCCCAUACUACGUUGUCGACUUUGCCGCCUGGUCCGGCCAUUUCGACGCCCUCGUGUUUUUGUUAUCUAUUCGCCACCGUGGCAUGUCCGCACAUGCUUUGAGUCAGGCUGCGCGACACGGCUACGUCCAGAUUGUGCAAUUCUUGCUACGUCACCUCCACAGCCGUAGCCCGACUGCGGUGGUUGCCGCCGCCUCCAAUGGCCACCUCAACAUUGUUGAAUUGCUAUGCCCAGAUUAUCAAGACACCAUAGAUGACGAAGCCAUGGACGUUGCCGCGGCCGGCGGCCACCUCGACGUCGUCAAGUGGUUGUACAACCGAGGCAGUCGGUCGUGGCGCGCGCUGUCAGCCGCCGCAAAGCAUGGCCACACCCACGUGAUGGAGUAUCUCCUGGGUACAUCGCACAAGAAUUGGGGUCCCGUGUCCAUGGACAAUGCAGCAUCUAUGAAUUAUCUCGACGUGCUGCGGUGUUUGCAAAACCACCCCCAUGUUGCGAGCCAACACCGCGCGAUUGACGCAGCCGCCACCAAUGGGCAUUUUGAAGCUGUUCGAUUGCUGCACGACAUGAAACUCGCCAAAGCCUCGGUCAAAGCCAUGGACGAUGCAGCGUCCAGGGGAUGGCUCAACAUUGUUGCAUUUCUGCAUGAACACAACGCUGCAGGAUGUACUCUGGCCGCGAUGGACAACGCAGCUGCCCACGGCCACCUGGACGUAGUGAAGUAUUUGCACAAGCAUCGAAACGAGGGAUGCUCCACGGACGCGAUGGACUGGGCGGCAACUCGCGGUCAUUUGGACAUGGUACAGUUUCUGCACAAGCACCGCCACGAAGGAUGCACGACGGACGCGCUGGACGGAGCCGCCUCUCGUGGUCACUUGGACGUCGUCAAGUAUCUGCAUGCCCAUCGAAGCGAAGGAUUCACGGAUGUGGCUAUCGAUCGUGCGAGUUUGAACAACCACCCUGAAGUCGUGGAGUUCUUGGUUACGUGUGGCCGAGGCCGGGUAACGUCGUCGUGCGCGAUUGACGCUGCAGUGGCUCACGGCAACGACCACCUUGUGGAUAUUUUGUUGACCCACGGGCACCAUCCCUCUGUGAAUGCCUUGGAGUCGUGUGCAUGGUGCAACGAUGUGGAAAUGUUUGAAAAAAUAUAUCCGCUGGUGGAACCCAGUCAUGCCCGAGCCAACGCGGCUCUCGAAAUCGUGGCGUAUGCUGCAAGCGCGGGGCAUUUGACGUUGCUGCAAUCGGCGAUGCGACUCGGAUGCGUGACAACUCCCCCAGACCUGGCGCUUGUCGGCGCCGCUAAGCAUGGCCACUUGGAGGUGGUCAAGGUAUUAGCUCCACUUUAUCACCACCGCCCCAUGGCGGCUCUGGACGAAGCAGCCACUUGUGGGCAUGCCGACGUCGUGAAAUACCUCGACCACGUUGCGUUCCCGUGUACGUGUCGAGCGAUGGACGGUGCAGCGACUAACGGCCAUCUUCAUCUCUUAAAAUGGCUGGCCGCUCAUCGACAAGAAGGCUGGACGACCGAUGCAUUUGACGGAGCGUGCCGCAAUGGCCAUUUAAACGUUGUCCAGUGGCUGUACCCUCAGCGGCAGAUUGACAUCUCGCCCGAUGCAUUGACGUGGGCCGUCGACGCUAACUGUCUCAAGUUAGUCGAGUGGCUGACCUUAACUGGCCGUACGCAUUUCAACGUUUUGAACGCAAUGUCUUGCGCCGCCGCGAAUGGCUCGCUGCCCAUCUUAGCCCACCUCGUCGAAGUUUACUCGACUUGGUCCGAGAUGGAUGGAAUGGCAGUCAUUGCUGCCGCUGGCGGUCACUUGGACAUGGUCAAGUGGAUCCUGUCGAACUCGAAUCGACGAAAAUCUAUCGAGGAGGCCAUGAAGGCGGCCAAGCACGCACAACGACCCAUUGUCGUGUCGUAUUUGCACACGAUUUCUUCAGCAGAGACGCUGGACGACCAAGCGGUCGAUGACGAUGAGGCCGAAGAUGGGGACGAGGACAUUGUUGACGUGCACAGCGACACCAGCGAUGGCGGCGCACUACUUGAGCAAGCCAUGGAAUUGGCGGAUGACAGUUCCAGCGACGACGGGAUCGAAUCCGAGUACGAAGAGGAAUAAACGAGGAAGCAGCCUUUCGCCACUCGAUCUAUUGGGAUGCCGCGAGCUCAUGCGGCUGACUCCGUCGAUUCUCUGUAGGAGCGACCUUGACCCAUUGCAUUUUGCUUUCUGACAUGAAUGCUGAUGGUUGAAUCCGUGGACGUGGCUGUCCACACUUUGAAAUCGCCAUCCCGUGGACGUCUUCG